CUUCAUAUUUCCUUGUGUAUCUUGUGUUUAGUUUGGCAAGUCUGCAGUUCCCGAACCACUCUCAUCGUCUCGGAGACCAUUUGCUGGGUCUUCCGUAGUAUUGGCUGGUCUUUGUUUGGAAAAGACCAUGCAAGCAAGGCGUUUACGGGAUUCUAUUGUUUUGGCCUUGAUACCACAUGUAAUUGUAUACUGGCGGCAGGUCGCCAUUUUCGCGAUAUAUCCCAUUUUUCCUAGCUGGCGAUCUCAAGCUGGCUUUUGGGAGACGGUCAUGGACAGACCGGGAUACACGGCCCUUGGGGCCUGUGUAGAUGGCUUUUGGCCGGCAUGUGAUAGACCUUGGAAGUAUUGUUUUUUAAUCAUUCGGGAUCCGGCCGCUUUGUCGGGAUCGCCGCUGUAGUAUAAAUCUAGCUGUAUUGAUGGCGUCGCCAUUUGGGAUUGGAGACUAGAGUUUGUGAAGCUCGUCCUAAUUUACACGUUCGCUGAAGAU